UUCAUCUUCUCUACGUACAAUCCAAAAAACAAAAACACACGAAAACAAAUGAGGUUUGAUUUAAAAACCACAAACCCAUUUUCGUUUUCAUCAUUGGCUAACAAGCGCAAUCACGUAUUUGUGAAGUUUGUUGUGUGUUUUCUCUUACUGGGUCUCGCAUUUCGCCUCUUCUUAUCAACCACCUCUCUUCAGUUUUCUUCGGAUUCUACUGUGAAUCAAACCCAAAUUUCCAAAAACAAUGUCACAGCAGAAUGUGAUAUAUUUACGGGGCAAUGGAUUCUGGAUCCCUCCGGUCCAUUUUACUCUAACGAGAGCUGCCAGGACAUCGAAGGUCAUCAAAAUUGCAUGAAUAAUGGCCGCCCUGAUUCAAAGUAUCUUUACUGGAGGUGGAAGCCACGGAAUUGCGAGUUACCAAAGUUUGAUCCACAGAGGUUUCUGGAUUUGAUGACGAAUAAAUCAUGGGCCUUCAUUGGUGAUUCAAUUUCGCGUAAUCAUGUGCAGUCAUUGCUUUGCAGUCUGUCACAGGCGGAACAAGCCGUUAUGGUCUACCAUGACAAGGAGUACAGAUCGAAAAAAUGGCAUUUUCGCUCUCACAACUUCACUCUUUCUGUAAUUUGGAACCCUUUCCUCCUGAAAGCCGCUGUUUUUGAAGACAUGAAUGGAGUUUCAUCAGCUGACAUUCAACUUCAUCUUGACAAACUCGACACAUUAUGGACCCAACAAUACAACAGUUUUGAUUAUGUGAUAAUUGCUGGUGGGAAAUGGUUUCUGAAAACAGCGGUCUACUAUGAGAAUAACACGAUCAAAGGGUGCCAUUAUUGCCCGGGUAAGAAUUUGACCGAGUUAGGAUAUGAUCACGCCUAUCGCAAAGCACUACAGUUAAUUUUUAACUUCGUCACGAGUUCAAACCACAAAGCGUAUGUGUUCUUCAGAACUACCACACCGGACCACUUCGAGAAUGGAGAGUGGUUUAGUGGGGGUUACUGCAAUAGAACCGGUCCAUUUAAAGAAGGCGAGGUUGAUUUAAGCACCGUUGACACGACAAUGCACAACAUUGAGUUAGAAGAAUUUGAGAAGGCCGUGGCAAUAGGGUCUGAAAAGGGGACGACUUUGAAACUAUUGGACACAACCCAUCUUUCGUUGUUGAGACCGGAUGGGCACCCAGGACCAUACCGGCAGUUUCAUCCGUUUGCUGAGGGUAAAAAUAUAAAAGUUCAGAAUGAUUGCUUGCAUUGGUGCUUGCCCGGGCCCAUAGAUUCAUGGAAUGAGUUGGUAAUGAAAAUGUUGUUCAGUGGUUGAGAAUGUUGAUGAGAUGAAUCAACUGUUUUUUUGCCUUCGAUUCUCAAGUUUUUUUCAAAAUUGUGGGAUUAUUGUGAUCUUAAUGAUCAGAAGGAAAGAGGAGGGAAGGGGACAUAAUUUGCAUAGGUUGGGUUGCAAUUGAAGCCACUGAACCAUUGAAGCUUGCAAGAAGGAAAGCAGAGGAGUGGCUAUACAUCAAAAAUAUACUGUUGUUCUUCAUUUGAUCACAUCUAUACCAACAAUGUAGAAAACAAAUUCACUAGAGGUAUAUAUAGUUUUUGAUUUCUCUCUGCAAGAGUAUGAUGAUGUUUAAUCUUGGGGGGUUUUGUAAGAAUGAUUAUUUUCUGGUGUUAAAUUGCAACCGGUGUAAGAUUAAUGUUUGGAUUAAUCAAUUUUAUAGAAUUCAUAUUUUGUUGAGUCCGU